AUGACUUCCCAAAAGCAGCUGAAACAGCUACUGAAGCAGCUCAUGAAUGAGCCUGACAAUUCCCAUUGUGUGGAUUGUUUCGACAAGAGGCCGACUUGGGCAUCCAUAUUGGUCCCACCACCAGGGGCUCCCUUUACCGAACCCAUGGGUUGUUUCAUGUGUUACCAUUGCAGUGGAGCUCAUCGACGAAUGGGUACCCACAUCUGCUUCGUCCGAAGUACAAAUUUAGACGAAUGGAAAGUAAAGGAAAUUAAUGCGAUGCAACGAGGUGGCAACAAAGCGGUCAAUGCCUUUUUUGAAGCCACUCUGAAAGAUAAGACCAACAAACCAGACAAAAAUACCGAUUUGGAACCACGAAGUGAGUUCAUCUACCAAAAGUACCAACAUCGAAGGUGGUACGAUGCUUCUAGGAAUAGCAAUGAAAGUCCAGCAAACGUCGCUGGGUUUGAUCCUUUUUCAAAUCAAGAAAACGCGUUUGGAGAUGAAGAUCUGUUUGCAAAUAUCGGAUCGCAAGAGUUUGCUAGCGUCGGCAACCUGAAUGAUACCUUUGGUGACAACCCCAAAUCCCCCGGAGUCUUUGGUGACUUUUCGGCCAAAGCCCGUGUUAGUUUGAUAUCCAACCUGGAGAGCAAGGAAUUUAAGGCAAAUGUGCUGGACGACAUUGCCCAUUUGGACAUUGGUGACGAUCCAAUGUCACCUCAACCCAAACCAAAGCGAAUUUCCAUGAGAGAUAAGUUGAAGAGAACCUCCUCCAAAUCCAGACCCAAAAGACGACUCUCAAAAGAGAUGGAGCUUUAA